AUGCCGCCGCCUGCGCGUGUGUGCAUUGCCUGCAAGGCGUCCAAGACCAAGUGCAUCAACUUUGUUCCCGGAAAGCAUCCCUGCGACCGAUGCGCGAGGAUCGGCCUGCGCUGUGAGCCGGCACCACAACUUGGCAUGCGGGUCGCCCGCAAGGCCCUGGGCGCGACUUUGCAGGCUAUGCUCGAGGACCCUUCGCCGCUCGGGCCCCCAGGCCAGCCCGUCGUGGAGUUCAACGGGUCCGCCGUCUUUGAUGCGGGCGCUCCUCGCACGCCCGGCGAACAGCAGGUCAUGAGGCUCGCGUCGGACGGCAUCGCGAUGCGCGCCUUCCAGCAGCUGCCGGGCACCAACAUCCAGGGCGCGAGGAACGUGCUCGCAGUCAUGCUCGAGCCGGGCACGUCGCGCUCCUCGAUCCGCUUCACCCUCAAGCCGCUCGCCGCGAUUGCGCGCCGCCGCAACGCCUACGAGCUCAUGGCGCGCGGCGGACGGCGGGGAGGGGGGCGGCCCUCCGGAGUCGGCACUGAGGGGGGAGGCGGCACCACUGUGCUGCCGCUCGACGAGGCGGUGCCGCUGCCCCCAUUCGACGGCUCGCUUCCGCCCCUCUUCGAGAACCUGAUGGCGAACUCCGAGGGCUACGUCUUCCUCCGCACGAUCCGAGACGGCGAGGCGCACUUCCUCGUCAACUCCGCCUUCGAGCGCUCCAUCGUCUCCGUGCGGGAGAUGCAGCAGGCGUGGAAGAGCAGCCAGGCGCCGCAAGAGAAGAGAAGAGAUGCAGCGGGCGUGGUCGAGAUCAACGCGCUCUUCACGCACCCGGAGGACCUGCAGUCUGUCUACCGCAUGAUUGGCCAGCUCUAUCGCCAGUGCCAGGAAGACGUCGUCGCCCAGGCGCAGUGCGAGAGGCCCGUGCGCGUGUAUGACCGGCUCGCCGGCUCGUACUCCUUCUUCGACGUGUCCGGAAGGCUGCUCGUGGAUUGGGACGGCCGCAUCGUCACCAGCGUCGUGGAGAUGCUCCCGCAGCCAGAGAUGCUCCCGCAGCCAGAGAUGCUCCCGCAGCCAGAGAUGCUCCCGCAGCCAGAGAUGCUCCCGCAGCCAGAGAUGCUCCCGCAGCCAGAGAUGCUCCCGCAGCCAGCCGGCGCGGAAGGCGCUGCCUUCCGGACCGACUUGCUUCGGAGCUACCAUGCCCCUCCGGGGGCCGCGCGGAGGGCCGACGCGGCGAGCCACCCACUCGCGGCGCCGACCGCCGUGGCGGCGCCGACCGCUCUCACGGCGCCCAAUGGUUUCGUCGCCCCGUCACCGCCGAACCCGCUCGCCGGGCGCCCGCCUGCGGCAGCCCACGCCGAGGCUGUUGCGCUGUGGGACGCCCUCCGCGCGGAGCUGCCGCUCGCGGAGCUCGCCAGCAGCGCCGGGUAG